AUGCCGUCCCAAACGGCCCAUUGGUUGUCGCGACUUGCGGUAGAGAGUGGCUUCACCUCCAUUGUCGGGUCUUGUCGUGACACCAAGGUGCUCUGUUUACAGCGUUUCGUCCGACUCUUCGCCUACGGAACCUCUUUUCUUAUCCUUGUUCACUUUCUAUCCAGUCUUGGGUUCUCCGAUGAGCGAAUAGGCCUGUUCAUGACACUUACUCUCCUUGGAGAUGUCGUUAUCAGCUUCAUUCUGACAGCAAUUACCGACCAGGUCGGCAGGAGAAAGGUCCUUGCAGCAGGUGCUGUCUUGAUGGUCAUGAGCGGUCUGGUCUUCUCCUGGGCUGGCAACUACUGGAUUCUUGUCAUCGCCAGUAUCGUUGGUGUUAUCAGUCCAAGCGGCAACGAGAUUGGCCCUUUCCGCGCAGUGGAAGAGUCGAUCCUUGCUCAGCUCACAGAGCGAGACAAGCGAAGCGACAUCUUCGCCUGGUACACGCUAUUCGGCACCGCAGGCGCCGCUCUGGGCACACUUACUUGCGGUUGGGUUGUGCAAGUCCUCGAGAACAGCGAGGCUUGGACUCAGAAUGAGUCAUACAGAGUCAUUUUCCUCAUAUACGCGGGGCUCGGUGUCCUCAAGUUGAUGCUGAUUUUCAGCCUCACUUCUGGUGUUGAGGCAGCGCCAUUGAAACCUGGUGAUACGACUAUCCGAUCAAAUGAGGAAAGGCAAGUACUGCUUGCUAACGAUCCGGCGAAUGAAGGAAACCGUCCUCAACGGUCGACAGAAGACAGGCCUUCCGUUCCAACACUUUUGGAACGCAUGCGAGCUUUGAUACCCUACAUAUCUCCGCUAUCUCGGUCUAUUUUAUUUCGAUUACUCCUUCUAUUCUGUAUCGACUCCUUUGCCUCAGGAAUGGCCUCGCCGUCUUGGCUGACCUAUUUCUUCACCACGGUUCAUUCGCUCCAACCAGGAUCACUGGGCACACUAUUUCUGGUGACAAACCUCCUCGCUACUCUCUCAAACCUCGCCGCGCUUCCACUUGCACGCCGUCUUGGACCGCUCAAAACCAUGGUCUUUACACAUUUGCCCUCGGCUGUCUUCCUGUCGAUGAUUCCGUUACCCUCAGCGGGUCCUGUGGGAACUUGGGCCGCCAUGGCUCUUCUAUCUCUCCGGGCAUGUACACAGAGUAUGGACCAAGCACCGAGACAAGCAUUCCUCGCCGCAGCGGUCCUUCCGGGUGAGAGAACGGCCGUCUUGGGUGUGGUCAACAUUGUCAAGACGCUGGCGCAGGCAGGGGGCAUUGGGUCUGCAGGCUUUCUCUCCGGGAAGAAUCUCUGGGUUGUCGUCCUCUCAGGAGCUGGAAUCAUGAAAGCUGUCUAUGACCUUUUGAUGCUGGGAAUGUUCUUGGGUCUUGAAGACCGAGAGACUGGCAGCACAAAGUCUCGCUCUAGAGACGAGGAGGAAAAUUAA